AGGACAUCAAAGUAUCCACUCACUAGCGCGCGCUGCCAGCGUAGUGUGCAGUGUUGUUUGCAUAGCUCGACCGACCGCCCGCGGAGUGUCAGUACUAGGCAGGUACACCACGGCGCAGUUCCAGCCAGAGUGCCAGAAAGAGCCAACGCUUCUGAGUUUACGUCGCUUGUCAGAUAUUUUCAGUUGGACUUUGAAUUUAUUCGGUUAUCACACGGGGAGAAGUUGGUCGGGAUAGUGAGUCGUGAGCGUUGCGAUGCACCACUGCGAUCUGCACUUCUAUCAUUACGCGGUGACAUUUCCCCUCGGUGUUUUAACCAUGGAUAGAAUGGAAUAUUUGUAGCAUUCACUGGCGUUUGGUAGGAACAAGUGUGCAUAAUUCAUUGAAGUGGGCAGUUAAAUGGGGAACAAUGGCACAGGGUUACGCGAUGUUGGAUUCUAAAUGCGCUCUUCUUCUUUUGCUCACAGCCUGCCAGAUCCUGUCCGCCAGUGCCUGUCACCCCAUGUAUGAGGGCUUCAUCACCGAGUUCUGCCUCACAAAGUUCUCCUUUGACAUGAAGGAGCUGGAUCAAAGGCUCUGGUGCAACUGGGAGGACACCGUGGAGCUGUACGGCUCGCUGACCAACUGCACGUACCAGAUCGCCCGGAACAUCGGCUGCUUCUGGCCCAACCAGCAGGUGGACGAGUUCUUCAUCGGCGUGCACCGCGACUACUUCAAGGACUGCGCGCUGACCGGCCGGCUGCCGCACGACCCGCCCACCCACGUCCUGGGCUCCUUCAUCGCCGUGCCCGUGCUCAUCACGCUGCUCAUGACCGGCCUGGUGGUGUGGAGGAGCAAGCGCAGCGAGGGGGUCAUGUAGUCGCUCGGGGUCGGGUCUGUGUGCAAUGCAGGGCGGGGGGCUGCUGACAGCUUUGACCGGGCCUGGGAAUAAUGCAAUCUCUAAAAAAAACAAUGUAAUGAGGACUCAAUUCUGGGUUGCCAUCUCCCUGGGCCCGGGACAACUGAUUCUCUCUCCCCCAACUCCCUCCCCCCCUCCUGCUCAACCUUCCUGGACUCUGUCAUCCAUUACAAUCCCUUGGGGGUCGGUCCCCGACACGUACAAAUGCAGUAGUAGAUUUGUGGGUUCGCAAUUCGCAUCUGCUCUCCCUCUUUGAUCCAUUACAGGGGGUCCCCCACACGUACAAACUGUACUGUACGAUACGUGCACUAUGCUCCCAUCCGCUGUCCCUCCUCCCUCCCUGGAUACCCUAAUAAUCCAUUACAAGCCUGGGGGCCAACUGCCAAAAAAAAAAAAUGUGUCCCCCCCCCCACAACGUACAAACUGGAGAAAGGAGGCCAACCCCUGUCAUCUCUUUCCCAAUGAAGAUGGAGCACUCGCGUCUGAUCUUCUGAUGGGAUAUCAUGGGCCUCCUGACCUUCAGAGAUGGCAUUAGAACAGAGCAUAGAUGAUGGAUCUUCUUUAGAGGCAAUGAGGGAAUAGGCAUUCUAUUAAAAAAAAUCAAACAAGCCUCGUGUCAAGAGGAUUUUUUCAAUGUCUCUUUGUAUCCCAUCUGUUCACUAUCUUAUCCACUGCUAAAUAUAACUUGAGGUUAAUUACCGCUGGUGAUAGAAGUAGCGUGACAUUUCAACUCCCCAAAGCCGCAGCUCGGCGUUUGCUCUAUUUUUGUGUCUGCUCCGACAGCCCUCCCCAUCCCACCGAAAGCCUGUGUGUGUGUGUGUGUGUGUGUGUGUGUGCUCCCCUAAAUUGAGAGCAUUCUUGGCUUCCUUGCUCAGUGAUGUUUGGCAAGGAGUUCUUGGUUACUGUUGAUUAAUACUUACAAAAAAAUACAAGAAAACAUCUAGUCUACAACAGCUGUCCUUUUUGGAGUGAGAGAGAGCUGCCCAACAAACGUAAUGAAAAAGCACUUCCGGUACUGUUAGGACAUGAAAGCGAAUUCAGGGAGCUGUUGAUAAAUAAACGAUGAGUGACACUUGAUGUGAGAAUGUGUGUGUUUACAGCUAAAGUUUGUGCACUUCCUGAUGGAUGAUGUUGAUUUUUGAAACACAGUCAGCUACAUUAGAGCCAUGGCAUAUACUACAUGCUUCUGCAGCAGUGUGUUGGACUGGAUGACUGGAGUCAUUUGUGGUUUGGCCCAAAGCCAUUUUGUUUGUUUGUCAUUAACAUAGGCGUGGCUAUUUUUUUUUCACCAUAUGCAUCACACAGCCACAUGGAGAUAGUGUAAGAAAGAACAACUUUGUAGAAUCUUGAAAAAUGAAUAAACAGGAAAUGAACUGUUGUAACAACACUAAUGAUAAGUGGACUACUGUUUUUCCAACAGUAGGCUUACUAAAAUAAUCACAAAUGCUGUUGUUUUUACUUCAGUGUCCAGGAGGGACUUGAUUUAUCAUUUUUCUCUCCUAAUGACAGUCAUCAUAGUGAUGUUGCUGCCAACCAAAUAUGAUGGUAUGAAAAAGCAGACUCAAUAUAAUGGGCUGUGGUUGAAAUUGCCAGAAACUGCACUAAGGUGGUAUAAAGUAUCACACGUUGUCGUCACACACUCACAAACAAAAACCUGGGCAUCAUUAGAGGCAGUGAUCGUAAAUUCUGUCUGACUGAGAAGAUCAAAAAAACGUUUUCCAGUUUGUCCAGGACUUUCCUUCCAUUGUAUAAUGAGCACCGUGCUACUGACAGCUCCUGUUUUUUGUGUGCUCUAGCCUACAAAGCGUAUCCACCGCGGAAGCGAACUUCUGAAUCACAAUGAGGCGUUCAGGAUUCAAGCGUGCCUGAGAGGACUGUGUGGGAGGACACACGUACUGUACAAAACAACAAAAUGGUGCCCCCCGCAGGUGAGGGGUGCCUUUCGGUGUCAGCCCACAUGGGAUCAAAAAAUAGAUCCUCCUGAAUGGAACGUCCGGCGAAAAGCCACUUGGCAGGCAGCAGCUGCUCCGGCUGCCCUCGCAUACUGAGCAUUUCCUCUAGCACCUCAUCAAAAUGCAUGCUUCUCCCAUCAUGCGUGGCAAAAUAAAGUCUUCAUAUGUCUGUCUAUCCUCCUGUCCUUUUAUUCUAUUUAUCUAUGCGGUUUGCAUAUCAAAAGCUCUUUUCUCCCCCUUUCUCUUUGCUCUCACUAUAAGCUUAUGCGCCAAGAAUUGUGUGUCAAGGUUGUAUUCAAAAGAGCUCUCUGCCUGCUCUAUGGAAACAAUCCAACGGCACAAAGGCUAAGGUCAUGCCAUGAAAGGAUUCUCUCAACCUAGCAGAAAGCAUAUCCAAGAACCUGCUAAACUUCACACGUGCCUAGAGGAAGUCAACCGUGACAUCCAACCCCAAACAAACCCGACCCCUCCCACACAAGUGGCCUCCCGGCUGUCCUAACCCUGUGACUGACUGACAGGCCUCCAGAGGAUGUACGACAGGUGUGCAGGAAAGACAAGCUUGUAACAGGACGUGGGAAAGCUCCAUGUGAAGAGCGUUUGCAUGGCUCCGAGUAGAAGCGAUAAUGGAAAGAUGAGGACCCGUGAGGAUUGGUGUAGCAG